AUGCCGACACUUGAUAUAAGCGAGCUGAAUGUGGUAGUCGCUGUGUUUGGCACUUUCACUGUUUUGUAUGGCUUGGUGGCUGUCAAGGUCAAGAGUGUCUGGUAUCUCGGUGAAGCUUUACCAGCCCUUUUGCUUGGAAUUACCUUGGGCCCCCUCGCGGCAAAGUUCCUUGACGCCAAUAGAUGGGGUUCAGCUAUCCCAGGCCAGCAAGGUGCCAUAACACUCGGCGUGAUGCGAGUUAUGAUUGGUAUCCAGCUAGUUAUCGCAGGGUACCAGCUACCCGCUAGAUAUCUUCAUCUACGCUACAAGGAGAUUCUCGUGUGUCUCGUUCCGAUCAUGACACUCAUGUGGCUAUGCACAUCGGCCUGUGUGUUAGCGGCGAUACCCCAUGUCACGCUCCUCGCAACACUCGCCAUCGGCGCAUGCGUAACCUCCACCGACCCCAUCCUCUCCCAGGCGGUUGCCAAAGGCCCCUUUGCUGACAAGUACGUGGCGCGGCCGCUGCGAGAGAUCAUAUCCGCCGAGGCGGGUGCCAAUGAUGGCUUCGCGUCCCCCUUCCUCAUGCUUGCCGUCAACCUCAUGCGCCUCUCAGAGAACCGCCCCGCGGGCUUGGUCGAUCAUAACAGGGGUGUUGGGCCCCAGACAAACGACGUCGGUACUGCUAUGAAGAACUGGGCAGUCGAGACCCUUGCCUACAUUGUCCUGCUGGCCAUGGCAUACGGGGCUGUCGCCGGCUACUGCGCCAGGAUAGGUGUCAGGUUAUCCCUGUCGCGAAAGUGGAUUGACACCGAGUGCUAUCUUCUUUUCCCAACGGCGCUUGGGCUAUUCAUCGUUGGAACCUGCGGAGCUCUCGGGACCAGUGACCUCCUAGCCUGCUUCGUCGCAGGAUGUGCACUGAACUGGGAUGGACAGUUCCUCGCAGAGUCCGAACGUCGCCACGACGAAGUCAACUCCUGCAUCGACGUACUCCUGAACUUCGGCGGCUUCAUGUACAUCGGCACAGCACUGCCCUGGGCAGAGUUCCAUCAGCCCGAGACCACAGGGAUCACAUACCCACGUCUCAUCGGUCUUGGUGUCCUCGUUCUCCUCUUUCGUCGCAUUCCCGCUUUGCUCAUUACCUACAAAGCCAUGCCGGCGGUGGUGAAGAACUGGAAGGAAGCUGUUUUUAUGGGCUACUUUGGCCCUAUUGGCGUCGGAGCGGUGUACUACCUUCAGCACACCCGCCUCCUAUUUCCACCACGUGAAGCUGCUAGUCCUGCAGAACGCCAACUACUUGAUGCGCUUUGCCCUGUGGUCUACUUCAUUGUGCUAUUCUCUAUUGUCGUCCACGGGCUCUCGAUCCCCAUCCUCAGCGUCCUGUACCAAUAUUUCGGAGUGAGUCCAAUCAAGGAUGAUGCCGUGGAGCUACGACGGCGCAGCAUCUAUGUGCCGACGCCUCCGAAUGGCUUCAGGGGAGACCGGGACACGUUCAUCGCCUAUAACCGGUUCUUCCGCCCGCUCGCCAGCAGCCUCGCCAAGCUACCGGCCGUCCGGGUUCGUGACCGUGACCCUGACCCUGACCCUGAGGAUAGCGCGAGUGUGUUGAUGAAGAGGGAGGAUGAGGAGAAGCAAGCGCAAUGCGGUGAUACACAUCCGCAAAGCGAUACACACCCGCAAAGUUGA